UAAAAAAAAAACAAAAGUUAGUGUUUUACGUAUUAUGUAAAGCUUAAUUUUAAACACAAAAUACAUUUUCUGUAAUAUACAUAAUUAUUACUGAAACGAAUUAUGUAAUAUUUAUUCAUUUUAGUAAUUCAAAAAAUAUAUUGUGAAAAAGAAAAUUCCCACUGUUUGUCUGGCUUGCACACAGGUGCAUGGAACCUUUGUGCUAUUUAUUUAUAGAUUUAUAUUCCAAAUGUUUACCACUAGUGGGGGCUGAGCUCCUAAAGGGGUAAUUAGCAUUCUGAAAAAAAAAAAAAAACAUUUUUGAAGACGGAUUGUUAGACGAGGGCCUGAAAAGAUGUCGAAGAAAGAAAAAGGGUAAGAACACGUUUGUUAACUACUAAUACAGUCGUUUGCCUGAGUCACUUCCAAUGCACAAUUUUACGGUGCAUCCACUCUAUUGAGUUAUUCAGAUAUACAGUAAUAUGAGUAAAGGUGUGAGAGCAACAAUCGGUUACACUAACGUUACUCAUUUAAUCUGAAGCUGUAGCUCUAUUUAAUGCAUUUUAAUUGGCUUAACUAAAUUGUUUUAAUAUUUGUAUGUUUUAUUUAAACUAUUAAUUGAUUACCCAGCUGAAAAAAGUCCGGACCAGUUCCAGUUUUCAAGCUUGGCCCAGUUCCCAAAUCAUAUUAGCAUUAAGAAAGUGCUCAUUAUGAUGCUCGCCCGAUCAUCUAAGAUUGUUAUGGAAACUUUUUGUAAACCCUGGUUUGACUAAGUGAUCAGUUUAGAUGUUGACUAGCAUAGGAUAUGUUUUUUUUAAUAGUUUACAAGCAUUAUCUACCUUAUACAGCUGGGCUGUUUGACCAGCAUCACAGACUGGUCGACCAACAUGACAAGUAGCACCAAGCAUAAAUAAUGCAUAAAAAAUCUAAUGCAACAUUACACCAUGCUGAUCAAGUGCAGGUUGGGUAUGUUUGUGCGUGGACAACCAGCUUUUCAUCCAGCUUCACCAUUAAAAAACUGAAACAGAACCUGUGAAAGGUGUAAAAGUUAAUAUUAUAGUGAUAAGUUUCACUUCGGGAAAGAGGAUAUCAUUUUAUUACUUUAAUAUUGUUAUAUUAUGACGUUAUUCCUGUAAUAUUAUGAUUUAAUUCUCAUAAUAUUAUAAUGAGUGUCCCUAAAACGCUAUACUAAUAUUGCAAAGUUCAUUGUGGUCAAAUGAUUUUAGUAAGUUAUUGUAUGCUGUGAUGCUAUAAUAUGUUCUUCCUUUUGAUUUUAUACAGAGUAUACACAUUUGUUAUAUUUGGGAACAAAAUCAGAACCAUCCAAAGAGAGGAAAUUUUGAAUAAAAUUAAAGAUCUGCAGAUUAGUGACAUAACAUUGGAUGCAAGUCUGUCAAAUGUUACAGACUUCUGGGGUAAAGUAUGCAGUGAACUUGGAAUUCCCAACAAUAAACGUAAUCGUUACAGACUCCGGAGAGUGCAUGAAUGCCAUAAGCAUGCAGCAGGUUUGUCACCAUCAACUCAACAAGAUAAAGAUGACAGCAGGGACAAGGAGGAUGGACAAAAGUCAGCUGAAAAUGCACCAGCAAUGUCACCAUCUCCUCUAAAAGACACAGACGACAGUUGGACCAAGGAGGAUGGACAAAAGUCACCUGAAAAUGCACCAGCAAUGUCACCAUCUCCUCUAAAAGACAAAGACGACAGUUGGACCAAGGAGGAUGGACAAAAGUCACCUGAAAAAAGCCCAGUAUCAAGCACAUCUGAUGAACAAGGAUUCCUCAAAAUCCCAGUCCCACAGAAACCCUCAUACUUCUUCAUUGACCGGAAAGAUUGGGAGAAUAUCAAAAAAAAAAGAAAGCAGAGAGGUUUUAAAGGACUUCAGUGGACAAAUGUAAUCUCUAAAGGAUUACAAACCAUAUAUCCAUAUUGCUCAAUUGCAUUCAAAAGACACAAACUUAAAAUUAUAGGAUCCAAAAAAGCAAGCCCUGAGUUCUGGUGUCUUGGUUACUGCCGCUUUGAGGAUUGCCCGAUCACUGUUACUGUGACUGUAAACAGCGAGAAAGACCUAAAGGCAGACCUGUAA